GAAUGUACGUAUAACAGGAAAAGACAUGUUUGGUGAAUGGGGUAAUAUUUUAUAUAACAUUAAGAAAGAAGGAGAAACAGCUGGAAAAGUAAGCAAAGCAUUAUUAGUUUCAUUAUGGGGUGCCUUAUGUGAGCAACGAAAUGGACAAAAUUAUGGUACACAUCCACGAAUAAAACCAUUCUUAUUAGCAUCAGCACGGAAAAGAAUAUCAGAAAUUGUGAGACCAUUAGGAGAUCAAGUAAAGCGCAUUCAUACAGAUGGAUUUAUAGUAGCAGGACAAGUAAAUCUCAAAACAGGUAUAGAAAUGGGUGAGCUAAAAUUCGAAAAAAGAGGAGUUUGUGUAGUAAAAAAUUGUAUAUCAGUUAUAUGGAAACUGUCAUAUCCGGAAAUUCCAAAUUUGAUUACAGAUAGUUUACCAGAUUUUGAGAAAAUACAACAAGAUAAAGAGCAGAAUACAAAGUUAGAUACAGAGUAUCCUGCUUUACAGAUAAUAAAAGGGAAACUAUCAAAAAAGUCUGAUAUAAAUCUUCCGAAUGAAAUUAUAAUAGAAAUAUUUCAACAUUUACGAACACAAAGUAAAAGAUUAGACACGAAGUGUCCUGCUUCGCAGUGUGGUAAUAAUGAAUUAUUGUUUCCAGUUUUAUAUGUUAACAAACGAUGGAAUGAAUGCGCAACAUAUUUAAUAUGGAGAAGAAUUACAUUAUAUAGAUAUAAUAUUAGAAAUUUUGUCGAAUUAAUAAAAAAGAAACCAUUACCGAAUGCAAUAAAAUAUUUAAAACAGAUAGAAUUUGAAAGAAUAGAUAAUUAUUUUAAUAUGAAUGAAUUUCAAUUAGAAGACAUUUUCACUAAAGAUGACAUUGGAUACGUGCAAGAAUCUAAACCAUAUAUUUAUCUAUGGAAGUAA